GAGCCUCGGGCGCCGGUGGAAGGCGAGCAGACGCUCUGGGCGGCCGUGUGCAAGUCGGCGUGCGAGCGGGCGGGCGUGCGAGCGGGUCUGGGCGGCGGAGCUGCAGCUCCGCCCGGGACAGCGAGGAAGGCAGAAAUCGAAAAGAUGUCUUCCAGUAAUGACCACGUUUUAGUACCAAUGUCACAGACAAACACCAAUGGCCUUCCUGGAAUGAACUCAAGUGACGUGAAGACGCUUACAGGAGAUGUGUUAAGUUUUCAUAACAUCACCUAUCGAGUGAAAGUGAAAACUGGGUUUCUAGUCCGGAAGACGGUUGAGAAAGAAAUACUCUCGGGUAUCAAUGGAAUCAUGAAACCUGGCCUCAAUGCCAUUCUUGGACCCACAGGUGGAGGCAAGUCUUCGUUAUUAGAUGUCUUAGCAGCAAGGAAAGAUCCACGAGGAUUAUCUGGAGAUGUUCUGAUAAACGGCGCACCCCAACCUGCCAAUUUCAAAUGUACUUCAGGCUAUGUGGUUCAAGAUGACGUUGUGAUGGGCACCCUGACAGUGAGAGAAAACUUACAGUUCUCAGCAGCCCUUCGGCUUCCAACAACUAUGAAGAAUCAUGAGAAGAAUGAACGGAUUAACAUGGUCAUUAAAGAGUUAGGUCUGGAAAAAGUAGCAGAUUCCAAGGUUGGAACCCAGUUUACCCGUGGUGUCUCUGGAGGAGAAAGAAAGCGGACAAGCAUAGGAAUGGAGCUGAUCACUGACCCUUCCAUCCUCUUCCUGGACGAGCCCACAACUGGUCUGGACUCCAGCACAGCAAAUGCUGUCCUUCUGCUCCUGAAAAGGAUGUCUAAACAGGGUCGAACAAUCAUCUUCUCCAUUCAUCAGCCUCGGUAUUCCAUCUUUAAGUUGUUCGACAGCCUCACUUUGUUGGCCUCAGGGAAACUCAUGUUCCAUGGGCCUGCCCAGGGGGCUUUGGAGUACUUUGCAUCAGCAGGUUACCACUGUGAGCCCUACAAUAACCCUGCAGACUUCUUCCUGGAUGUCAUCAAUGGAGAUUCUUCUGCUGUAGUGUUAAAUAGAGACGAAGAAGGCCAGGAAGCAAACAAAACUGAAGAACCCUCCAAGAGAGAGAAGCCAAUAAUAGAAAACUUAGCUGAGUUUUAUGCCAACUCCUCCAUCUACAGAGAAUCAAAAGCUGAAUUAGAUCGACUUCCGAGGGCUCAGAAAAAGAAAGGAAUAUCAGCCUUCAAAGAGUCCGCUUAUGUCACCUCCUUCUGUCAUCAGCUCCGAUGGAUUACCAAGCGCUCAUUCAAAAACUUGCUGGGGAAUCCUCAAGCUUCUAUAGCCCAGGUAAUUGUCACAAUCAUACUGUCACUUGUUAUUGGUGCCAUUUACUUUGGUCUGACAAAUGAUAGAGCUGGAAUCCAGAAUAGAGCUGGGGUACUCUUUUUCCUGACCACCAACCAGUGUUUCAGCAGUGUGUCAGCUGUUGAGCUCUUCGUAGUGGAGAAGAAACUCUUCAUACAUGAGUAUAUCAGAUAUUACAGAGUGUCUUCCUACUUCUUUGGAAAGCUGAUAUCUGAUCUACUACCCAUGAGGUUUUUGCCAAGCGUUUUAUUCACUUGUAUAUUAUACUUCAUGUUAGGAUUGAAGAAAGAGGUGGGGGCUUUUUUCAUCAUGAUGUUCACCCUUAUAAUGGUCGCUUACACAGCCAGUUCCAUGGCACUAGCCAUAGCUGCAGGUCAAAGCGUGGUAUCCGUGGCAACACUCCUCAUGACAAUCUCUUUUGUAUUUAUGAUGAUUUUUUCUGGUCUUUUGGUGAAUCUCACAACCAUUGAGCCUUGGUUGUCCUGGCUUCAGUACUUCAGCAUUCCUCGAUAUGGCUACACAGCUUUGCAGUAUAAUGAAUUCUUGGGACAAGAGUUCUGUCCAGAACUCAAUGCAAAUGUCAGCGACACCUGUAAUAAUAACAGCUUUGCAAUAUGUACUGGUGACGAGUACUUGAAAAGUCAGGGCAUCGAUCUGUCACCUUGGGGACUGUGGAAGAAUCAUGUGGCUCUGGCUUGUAUGAUUAUUAUCUUCCUCACAAUUGCCUACCUAAAGUUGUUAUUACUUAAAAAGUAUUCUUAAAUUCCCCUUUACCAUACUAUUAAAUGUAUUCCUAUUAAAUGUGGGCACUUUGA